GUUGCAUGAAAACUAACGAGGCUCUCCCAAAUAAUCUCCAUGGCCUUACCUUCCCCAUAACUCCCCAAAAUAGCCUCCCCAUGAACCACCCACCUCUCCUUUCUCCCAAGACAUUGCACAUCAUCAUUCAUCACACAAAUUAAGCAAACAUGAAGAAUUCGAAAGUGAGACGCAGCAAUUACUCGAGCUCGAGCAUGGACGAUUCAAGCAAACAGCCAUUAUUCCCCCGUGCUCUCCAAGCCGAGUACUCAUUCCGCCCCACGGAACGCGACAGGCCGCCCCCGCUCUCCUUCGACGCGGGCAACUCCUCCGUGUGGGACCACACCCCCAACAUCUCCUCCCCCGUCGCCCAAUCGCCGUGGUCAUCCGCCCACAUGGCCCCAUCCGACUACCCCUACUCCUACACCGGCCUCAUGGGCUCCCUCGUCCGCGAAGAAGGCCACAUAUACUCCCUCGCGGCCGCCGGCGACCUCCUCUUCACCGGCUCCGACAGCAAAAACAUCCGCGUGUGGAAGAAUCAGAAAGAAUUCUCCGGAUUCAGGUCCAAUUCAGGCUUGGUCAAGGCGAUCAUAAUCGCGGAUGAGCGGAUUUUUUCCGGACACCAGGACGGGAAGAUCCGCGUCUGGAAGAUGUCCGGAAAGGAUCCGAGCGUCUGCAAACGGAUCGGAACCCUACCAACUCUGAAAUCAAAGAUGAAGAAAUCGCUCAAGCCUAGCAAUUACGUGGAGGUGAGGAAGAGCCACAACGCCAUCUGGAUCAAACACAUUGACGCCAUCUCAUCUCUCAGCUUGAGCGAGGAUAAAUCCAUCCUUUACUCUGCUUCAUGGGAUAAAACGAUCAAGGUGUGGCGCGUGGCUGACUCCAAAUGCCUGGAGUCGAUCAGCGCGCACGACGACGCAGUCAACUCCGUGGUUGCAGGAUUCGAUGGACUAGUCUUCAGUGGAUCCGCCGACGGCACGGUGAAGGUGUGGCGCCGCGAGAUGCAGGGGAAGGGGACGAAGCACUACUUUUCGCAGACACUUUUAAAGCAGGAGUGCGCGGUGACGUCGCUGGCGGUGAACGCAGCCUCGACGGUGCUCUACUGCGGGUCCUCGGACGGACUGGUGAACUUCUGGGAGCGGGACAAGUUCCUGUCGCUGGGCGGAUUCUUCCGCGGGCACAAGCUGGCGGUGCUGUGCCUGGCGACGUCGGGGAAUCUGGUGUUCAGUGGAUCCGCUGAUACAAACAUAUGCGUGUGGAGGAGGGAGGAGAGGAACCACAUGUGUCUGUCGAUUUUGAGCGGGCACAGCGGGCCGGUGAAGUGCUUGGCGGUGGAGGAGGAGUCGCAGCAGCAGGGGAUAAACGGAGGGCAGAAGCACUACGUGGUGUACAGCGGCAGCCUCGACAAGUCGGUGAAGAUAUGGAGGGUGUCAGGGCAGGGUGCGCCGCUGCAGAACGAGAUCGUGCCGUCACAGUCGCAGAAUUUGUCGUCGCAAACUAGUCGAGCCGCGGCAGCGCAGAGGAGAAAUUUCUGAAGAUGGUAAAAAUAUGUACACAAAUUGAUAUUGAUAUGCAUGUGUGUAUACAUAUAGAGGCUGCAAGUUUGCAUGUAAACUCGUUUUUAUAUAUGAUCACCUCUAACAGUAUCUCUUCUAUUUAUUGAUUUCAUCUGCACAGGACAAGUUUUCUGAAAAUAUAUCAUGCAUAUAUAUAUUGAUAUUGUUUGUAAGGUAUUUAGUGGUGAUUCUUGUGAGCUAUGAAUG